UUGCCUGAAAAAAUGUCGAGUGGAAAAAUGGACUGCGAGGCUGAUUGGAGUGCGGCGAUAAUGGGUCCGAAUGCGCUCGCCGCUUGGCUAUCUGCAGCAGAAAAUAUUGGUUGUGCAAGUGCUGGGCUGUGCGUAGUCGGGCGGAUUCGCAGAAAGUUUGCACGGAUUUCAUCUCGCGAUCUCUGCACAUUGCGGCCCGGAAUGGGCGGCCGUGGCAGCUGAAGGCUGCUGCGAAGAAUUUCCUCCUCGCUCACAUCUUUGCCCUCGUCCGAGUAUUCUUCCGUGGUCGUUGGACUGAUUGUGUGGCCGCGCGGCGACAGCGGCGCAACCCGGUUUAGAGUGUGAAGGUGUAGUGCGGAGCGCAGGCGGCGGCAAGGUCCCCGCGCCCGGUUCCAAUUGGUCCGUUCCGAAUGCGAGUGCGACCAGGCCAGGCCAGGCAGCCAGCGGUACCGCACAAGCAAGAAGAAGUUUGUUGAAUGGAAUCGACGACGUUGCCGUCAAAAUAAGAUGCGAAAAUUGACCGUUGGUACGGCUAUGUCUCGGCCCACGAAAAAUUCACAACCGAAACGUGUUACGCCACCAGCUGUACCAGAAAUUCAUCGUCAUUCGGGUAGUAGUUUUGGCUCGGCCGGGUAUUCGUCAUUAGAAGACGGAGGUUUUUCACAGCCAAGAGAUAGCCCGGCUGCGUUAUCAAUGAAGGAUGAUAGCACGGAAUAUGCCUUUACAUUUCCAACUUUCCCUCCCGGCGAGCCUCUACUGACCCAUAAAGCGGCCGUCUACUACCACCAACAACUAGCACUGCAAGAAGAUCAAGGCAUUGAUUUAACGCAAUCUCCGGGUCGUGAUAGUCCGGGCAGUUCAUCUGGGUCGGCGGGGUCGGGAUCACGCCAUUCGACCGCUAGUCUUGAUUCAGGCCGAGCAUCGUCAUACAUAACCGGGGGUGGAGCAUCAACACGUGGGCCCCUAUCCAGUCCACGAUGCAGCGUUAGUUCCUGUUCUAUCGGCAGCGUGGAUAGAAUAAGCCAACGCGGGGAAAAUGACAUUGUUAUGGAUUGGUUGAUGGACAUUAAAUUCGAAAAUUAUGCAACCCUUUUUAUUGACGCCGGAUAUGAUUUAGCCACAAUUUCUCGCAUGACACCUGAAGACUUGACUGCAAUUGGUAUUAAGAAUCCUCAGCAUCGAGAACGAAUCAAACAACACAUUGAUAACCUACGACUGCCAGAUCGCUUGCCACAUUUUGUGCCAGGAUCAAUAGAGGAAUGGUUGCGGUUGUUACGCCUUGAAGAAUACAUUCAGCCUUUACUUGAUCAAAAUUAUAAAACUGUGCGUGAUGUCACACAAGUCAUAUGGGAGGACCUCGAAGAUAUCGGAAUUGUUAAGUUAGGACAUCAGAAAAAGAUCUUGUUGGCCAUAAAGCGUGUUAAGGAUAUCAUUAGCGGUAAAUGGAAUCCACACCAGCAGAUGCGACAACUACGAGGAAAGAGCUUGGAAUCAUUAGAAGAUAUAAGCGAACGAAAUGUUCGGGGUAAUCUGACUUUUAGCCAUUAUUCAACGGAUUCCUAUUAUUACGGCCCUCCCCAACAGCCACCGCAAGCCAUGAGCAAGUCGAUUUGCUUGAAUGCAACCAGCUUGCCCUACAACCCCAUUGGCAAUUUGCAGUGGAGACGUUCCUAUGAUGAUGGUGACAUAACGCCAACGAAUGAAAUUGCAAUAGACAUGGGUGACGGCCAGGGUGGGGGUGGAACGUUGCCGCGACAGCGAAGUAGUUCAAGGAGCCGCUUGGCUGACAGGGCCAGCCCUUCGACAAUAAUUAUUCAUACGCCACACUCGGGUGAGUAUCUGCAGCCCGACAAUAGUCCAAUAAUGCUUGCCAAUCCACAUUACGGAUCGACGUUUAGUCCACUGGCUAGCAAAAAACAAGCUCCGGAACCGCCUCGACGCCAGUGUAGCAUUCGAAACAUGAAAAGCAAUAAUCUACAGGAAGCACAACCAUGCAACUAUAAAUAUUUACACUACGAUCAACUAGCGAAUAAUCAAGCACGCAACCAGCAUCCGACACAGUACAUUCCUGCCGCUGGAACAUCAUCCACAGUCGCGGCUGCACCUCACCAGCAGCCCAUCUAUGUUAACUACAACGUACAAACGCAUCAAACAACUGCUGAAAUCCAUUGUGAUAGAACGCACGAUAGCAAAUCAAACUCCAGCAUUGACUCGAUCGAUACCAUUCCAUUUGCUAAUGAGAACACAGGAACCAUCAAACAACGCCUACUCAAUCGCCAAGAGAUCUCGUCAUCACUGUCCCUAUCAUCGUCAUCGUCAUCAUCAUCCACAAACACGGUAGCUAAUAUGUCACAAUCGUUUCAUUCUUUCAAGAAAUGCGAUAAGCACAGUCCUCCAUCGCCAGCCACCCUAUCGCCCACGAUCUUGGCCUCAAACACUCCAAACGGUGGUGGUGGUGGUACGCCAGGCAAGAUAUCCGCUCCACUUAACAUGGAGGUUCGAUAUCAUCAUUCGGAACUGGUUGAUGACCAGGCGGCGACUAUUAUUUUGCCAAAUGCAGUGGCUCCUGCACAGGCGGCUCCAGCUGGAGCAGGUGGUAAUGUACCGAAUGCCACAAAUGAUUCUACAAAUGUCCUAAAUGAUAUCGGUAAUAUGUUAGCAAAUUUGACUGAUGAGCUUGAUGCCAUGCUUGAGGAGGAGAAACGUGCCGGAAUAAAUGAUAGCGAAUAGAUUCACAUUUAAGCGAUUAAGAUGAAUUAAGGAAAUUUAAGGGAAACUAUACAUUACGGCGGGAAAUGCUGUCUGGGGCUUAUUCGAGCGAAUGUUCUUGUCCUGGGUUUGUGGUGAUUUGCAUUGAGGGGGGCGGAUUAGGAGUCAUCAGUGGAAAAAGUAAAGAGAGGCAGAUGCUUAUCUGUUAGAGACUAGAUACCAAGUCCUUGUUUGCAACCCCUUCGGAAUGACUGAUAUUGUUGGUAUGGGGGUCGGGGCUCAGUUUUCUUACACGUUGUCUGCGCUAACUCGUUUUGGUUAGUGCAACUUCGGAACGGUCCAGCUGGGAGUCUUGAGAAAUCGGGGGCUCAAUUAAGCAGGCUCCCCCGGCAUUUACCCCAGUAUCGAAGAACAAGCCAACUUUGAGCAGCGCUAAGUCAAGGACAACCGCUCCUAUAAGCCCCGGUGCGCAACACAAAACUUAUUAAGGUGAAACAUAACGCACACGAAUCUGUUGUGCUACUCUCUUAUACAUUAUUACAUUUAUAUAAAGGGAAAACAAUAUAUUAUUAAUGCAAAUGGCAAAAUAUAAUCGAUUCUAUUAUAUUAAAUGAAAAAUAUAAAAAAUAUAUUAGUUAUUAUAUUAAGUGUCAUGUUAUACAGAAAAGGAGAAAACGAAAAUCAUUAUGAGUUGAAAGGAGAACAUAGAAACGUUGUCAUAAAUAGUUUCCUUGGUAAUUUUAGAUUUUUUCGUUCGUCGUUUUCGCGAAAGAGCAAAACAAGAGAAAAAAAAAAUGAUUUUAUUCCGCGUCAUGCCUAAUUUUUAAAGUGAUUUCGUCUUUAUAUAUUUUUUUUUUGUAAUUUUAAUGCGCGUCUUAUUAUGUCAUAAACAAAUGCUUUUAUUAUACAUACAUUCUAUAUAUAUACUUAUUUUUUUAUAUUUUUUGAUUCCCUCUUUUAUUUUACACGCAAAAUGGUUUAAUCUACUUAACUAACAUAACUGAAGACCGCGACCGGAGGGCGGAAAAUAUGUAUUCCAGUAUAUAAUACAAGAUACGAUUUGUAAGCAAAGUAAAACCACACAACAAGCAACAACAGAAAUCGCAACUAUAUACUUAUAUAAUUGUUUUAGAAUUUAGUUAUUAUAUACAAGAAACGAAUAAGAGAAAUAAGAGAUGAUAAUUGUUUAGAAGUCUUAUGUCAAUUUUUUAUUGCUUUUAGAAAAAUUUAAAUACAGAGGUGAAAAGUAU